AUGUUUCAUUUAACAGUAGCAUCAUAUAUACUAUUUAGUUUACAAAUAGUGGUAACAAUUACAGCAUGGGUUAUCUUGAUGGUGGGACCAUUUUUUAAAUAUUUAGGCAAAGAUUUCAGAAAAGAUGGUCUUGAGUCUUACUCACCAUAUUCCAGUACACAUAUUGGUACAUGGGUUGAUAAUAAAGUUCCAGAAAUGUAUGCUCCAGUAAUCUUUAUUCCAGUAGCCAUUAUUUUUCCAUUUCUUGGAAUGUUUCUUAUAAGAAAUUGUUUAAAAAAAAAUUUAUCAUCAGUUGGAAAGAUUGUUCUUUUGGUUAUUACAAUAGCAUUAUAUGUUAUUAAUGGUGCUUCAAUGCACUUUGGAAUAAGAAAUAUUUCUUUAAACAAAAAAGAUACUAUACAUAUUGGAUGGUUUAUUGCUGUUGGCCUAAAUUGGUUAGGUGCCCUUUUUAUAUUUUUUAAUAUAUGUAGUAUAUGGUGUUGUGAGAUACCAAAUAAAAAAAGACAACUUGAUGAUCUUAAUCCAUCUGGUUAUUCAGGUUCACUUUCAGGAACAACUAGUAGUAAAGGUUCAGGAAUGUUUUCAGGAACUCGUUCAAAAACAGGUUCAAAAAGUGGUUCAAAAAGUGGUUCAAAAAUGGGAUCAAAAAUGGGUUCAACUUCAAAACCAAUUAGUUUUGCUGGAAAUGUUAAUAUAACUUCACCUGCCAAUAAUAACAAUGAACAAUAA